AUGCGCUGGCUGAGGGCCUGGAGCCAUAUUCUCUUGCCGUUGUUCCUCUCGCUAGCCCUCAUCCAGCUGUUUAUCUCCGACCAUAAAAGUACGAAAACCCUCCAACACUGGAACCGGCAGUUAGAAGCAAAACACGUCGAAAUGGACUGUGCUCAAAAGCAAACUUGUCCAUCUUGUACCCGAGACAAGAGAUGCAUUUGGUGCCGAGAAGAAGGAGUCUGCAAAAAGUACUGUUUCCCAUAUUCCGACUGCAAAUUCAACUCCAUAUUCUGGGCAAACUGUAGAGUUGACCUGUUUGGAAUCACGAUGCUGAUACUUGUUGCAUUAUUAGCAGUAGGAUUCCUGUGGUAUUGCCUCGCCUACCACUUAUACAUGGAGGAUUUGAACAGGCGGCAGGCUUUUUAUUAUGCAAGAAAUGGACCAGUUCCUGGUUACGGCGACUGGAAUGCUACCGGAAAGACAAUAAACUCUGUUGAGGAGAAACAAAGCAUUGAUCUAGCAAUGGCGGAAGCAGGAUUGGAAGGAGGAGGAAGCAGGGAGGUAAAGAGUCCAGGUCUAGAGGAACAGGAAAACAGAAGAACAGCCAUGUGGGGUGCUGCUCCCUGA